UCCAUAGGUACACCUGUUCGCGGUUUUGCCGAUCCAUAUAUAACCGACGAACCAACCAACCCUCUUGUUUCUUUGGGGGAACAAAUUGAUAACGGUGAAACUGAAAUGGUCUGACGUCGCGCUCGUCGGACAUCGCGCGUUGCGUUUACGUCGCGAUCCGGAGACGGAGGAGAGUUUUUUCGCGACUUGGUGCAGGGGGUGAGGGUUGAUCCGAUCACUUUUUCCGGGGUAGGGGGCACUCGCAACGUGGCUGCCGCGACACCGAUGAUCGGCUCUCCCUUUACCCGCGUGUGCUUGUGCGGUGCCACGUGCCAAGUGCAGCCAAUAAGUGCGCGAGUGUUGGCUUCGAGUUCGGCCAAUAGGAUUACCGGAUGAUCUGGACCCGGGUUGGAUGCAGGCGGUAAUGAAGCGCUCGGAAUUUGGAGGAACUCGUGCCAGACCGUGAUUUACCUAAGAACCCCGCCGACCGGAACCUCGAACCACUCGGUAAGUGACGUUGCGACACUCGAGGGGCGGCUCGGCACCCGGUACUCGCGGAUUCCAUUUACCAUGCCGACAUGAGUCGACUCGCCCUGCGGCAGUGCUGUAAGGUGCGGCGUAGCGUCGACAGCGGCGAGCAGCACGGAACAGGAAGGAGACAUAACAACCGUCGCGUUGUCAUCGGCGCCUCCCCGAUCCAUCGUCAAGAGAGUCCGACAUCGUCGGAAUUAUCUGCCUAAUUAUCACGGAGAGGACGAAGCUUCGCUAUUAUUUAUCGCCCGGAAACGGUAGUAACGUGGUUCUAGUGCGGCCAAGAGUAGCAUCUACGCCCCUCGAAAACUCGGUGCCGUAUCGUCACCGUUCCGGAUAAGUGCGAAUGAAACCUGUACGAGUAUAUUAAAAAGUACGAGAAUCAGUGAAGUGUGCACGAAAUCCGCAUUGUAGAAAGGUAAAGUGGAAUAUCGAGUGAACGAAAUAAGGAAACGGAGCCUCAGCGGUGAUAGAGGCGCGGGUGAAAAGGUGUGGAUUUGCGGUGAUAGUGGUAGCAUGAGUUCGUACUUUGCCAAUCAGUUCGUUACUGACCUUCGCAAUGGCGGGGUCGAGCACCCCCAUCAGCACCAGCAGCACUACGGGGCUGCCGUCCAGGUGCCCCAGCAGACCCAGGGAAUGCAGCAGCAGCCUCAGCAGGCCGCCGACCCCUGCGACCCGAGCCUCCUCAGGCAGGGUGUUCCCGGUCACCACUACGGGGCGACGGCGGGACAGCAGGGCAUGCCGUACCCCAGGUUUCCACCCUACGAUCGAAUGGACAUUCGCAACGCAGCUUACUACCAGCAGCAGCAGGAGCACGCGGGGAUGGACGGCAUGGCCGGUUACAGGUCGUCGUCGCCGAGCUCGGCGAUGGGUGGGCACAUGGGGCACACGCCAACGCCGAACGGACAUCCGUCGACGCCGAUCGUCUACGCGAGCUGCAAGCUCCAGGCGGCCGCGGUCGACCACCAGGGUGGCGUCCUCGACGGACCCGACAGCCCCGACCCCCUCGUCGAGUCGCAAAUGCACCAUCAGAUGCACCCCCAGCAUCCCCACAUGCAGGCGCAGCAACCUCCGAUCCAGCAACAUCAGCAGCACAUGCAGCAGCAGCAGCACAUGAUGUACCAACAACAGCAGCAGGCCGCUCCUCAGCAGCAACAGGCCGCCAUGCACCCCCAGCAGCAGCAGCAACCUCCCCCCCAGCAUCAGGGCGUCGUCACGUCGCCCAUCGGACAGCAGCAGCAAGGAGCACCGCAGGGCACCGCCGGUGCCAACCUUCCCAGUCCGCUCUAUCCCUGGAUGAGGAGUCAGUUUGAGAGGAAACGGGGCAGGCAAACGUAUACGCGAUACCAAACAUUGGAGCUCGAGAAGGAGUUCCACUUCAAUCGGUACCUCACGAGGCGGCGACGCAUCGAGAUUGCGCACGCCCUAUGUCUUACCGAGAGGCAGAUAAAAAUCUGGUUCCAAAACAGAAGAAUGAAGUGGAAGAAGGAGAACAAGACGAAGGGCGAGCCAGGUUCCGGCGACGGCGACACGGACAUCUCGCCGCAGACCUCGCCGCAGGGUUGAACCCUGGACGCGGGUGAGCUUCCUACAGAGGUCUCUGCAUCUCUCAGGGUCGCACCUUGUCUUCAGCACUACCUCCUCCCCGAUGACCUCCAAAAUGACCCCCCCCCCCUGCCCCCCCCGACCCCACACACAGCAAUGACGCUUAUCUUGUCGUGUUAAUCAAGUUGCUCGUACCAAAAAAUGAUGUUGUAGAGAAAUGGCAGAGUUGUUUUUUUUUUUUUUUUUAUUUCUGUUUUAUUCACGUACGUACACGCGUACGUGUGUGUGCAUACGCAUAAACGCAUAUACGCGAACUCUGCGGCCGAAAUCGAAAUCGAAGUCGCAAGUCGCAAGCCGACGUAGGAGCGUGCAGAGACGUUGAGGAGAUUGUACAGAAGUAGAGGAAUUGGUGAGGCCGGAUGCGGAAAAGUGAAUAUAAAUACGCUGAUAGGGAUAUAUGCAAAGGGACAGAUGUACGAUGUACGUAUUACGGUGAUGCGCAAUGCUACGGAAAAAUACUGGAUCACAUGCUAAUCAGAACCACGUUAACCUCUAUUACGUUUAAUUGAAUAAUUUACUAAAGCCUAUAUAGAUGUAAAGAUUAUAUACCUUAAAUACGUAACUUAACGAAACCACGAUAAGACGAAGGUGGAGAUAAUGCGAAGGGAUAGAAAGGACAGAAACACUCGCACACUCACACACACGCAGACCGACGCACGCGCGCGCAGGCGAUAAUUGUAAAAUUUAGAAAGCGUUUAUUAUUAUUUAUUAUUCUCUUGUACACGUCGGAUGUGUUGCGUUAUAUACAUUAUAUAUAUGCGAAGUUACAGCGAUUAGGAUUUAAUAGCGUAACAGUAGAAAACACGGUUUAAUCCCCUGUAACUUACAUAAAUCUUUAUUACGUAGCGGUAUGUAUGAUUCAUAUAUAGGCAGUUUAGAAUUUAGAUUGUUUAGAUAGCUCCCUUAUACGUUUAUUAUACCGCGGUGCUGGCUCGGCAAGGGUGGGAAAUACACGCGACGUGCCAAGUACGAUUUUUUUGUCUUCGUAAAACGAGAGAAUGAAAAUUGAAACGAUUUUAAAUUCACGUUACGGGCAAGAAGUACCUACAAUAUUUACGUACGUAAAGGAAAAAUGUGAAAUUUAAUGGAAAUUUUAUAUAAAUGAAAGAAAGUAAAAAAAAAAAAAAAAAGAAAAAUCUGUCAAGAGAACUCAGCUAAAAAGUUGAUAGUAAAAAGAAAGAAGAAGCACGCGAAAAAUAUAUAUUGAACAAAAUUGAACCGUCAAAUCAAACGUCUCGGAAAUCGGGCGAACUUAUUUAAUUAUUGUACAGUAAUUUUAACGAGACUUACGUUAUAUUAUAUAAUAUAGUAGUACAACGUACGCGCGGAAGUUGCAGUAUUGUCAUAGUGCUCUGUAAUCGAGAAAAUCAAACCCCCGGUGCAACGGUGAUAAAUUUGCUAUUGCAUGCCCGAACCCUCAAACGGUUGAAGUUCGUUCGUUGCUUUGAGCAUCUUGAAUCUGUCUUCACUUUCCGCGCACUUACGAUCGGAAGGGAGGGCGAUAGAAAAAGAGAAAACAAGCGAAAAAUAAUGAGACUCAAACCGUAUGGUUUAAGCGUCGAAGCGGAUUGCAAACGGCUGUUAGAAAUUUUCCGGGUUGUGUAAAAUAGCGGAAAACCUAAGAACUAAGCAGAAACUGUUGUAAAGCGACUCAUCUUUCCUUCCCAACGUCAUCGCGAGGGCGGUUCAUCGAAUGUACCUAUAUAAAUGAGAAUUUCGUUGAGGAGCUGCAACCCGAUUUUGACAACUUCAUUUCACACGGAAAGACAAUUGCUCGGCCGCAUCAGUACGGUUUAAUUCUACUGCUACUAUGCGCUACUACGACUACUCUUACAACUACUACACUACUACUAUUACUACUACUCUUACAUCUACUACUACUACUACUACUACUACUACUACUACUACUACUACUAUUAUUAUUAUUAUUAUUAUUACUACUACUACUACCCAAUUGAUUCUGAUAUUACUAGAAGUGUAGCCAACUUAUGCGUUAUACCCAGUAUCUCGCAGAACGCGUGAACAGGAUAUUGGGUUGAUCUCGAAAGUGAGUUUAUAUAGUGAGUUUAAACGGUAGGUGUGUAUAGGAUGUAUAUAUACACGGAUAUAUGAUGUAACACGCGCGUAAUAACAGCUGCAGUGUUCUGUACAUAUUGAAUGAAAGGAAUUUGAGAUUAUUCGUUUUUAAAACUAUUUAAUACGAGGAGAGAACGAUUAAUUUACGGUGGAAAAAGAAAUUUUUUGGUAUAAUUAAGUAUUAUGGUUAAGUACCUUUACCUUAUAUUAUACAUACAUUACCCUAUUUAAAAAAAAAAAAAAAAAAAAAAAAAGAAAAAAAAAUCAGAGAAAGAAAGAUGAAAAAUUAUUAAAUUCACCCUGCUCCGCGGACGUGAGGCCAAGUUACCAGUGAAAUAGCAUGUAGUAAGAAUUAUUAUUGCGUUAUUACGAUUUUCAAAUACAGUGCAGUUCGUUCAUUUUGUGGAACCGGUAAACUCAAAUUUGCAGAUUUCUGAAGGAUAUCAUUAAA